AUACAGGUUUAACACUUGGAACAAAUUAAUAGACACGUUUAAUUUUAUUUAUUGAGACAAGUGAGGUGUGUUUAACCGCUGAUUUUUCUGAUUUAUUGUUCGCAUUGUUACGGCUUUUUGGCACCACUUGACAGGCAAAGAGGUGUUGUAAUGGCAUUUUAACGUGGACCGGUUUGGAAUUUUGCAAAUAAAAAUAAUUCUCAAAAAAAUUGAGCAGUUGGUGGUUUGUUGCGUGGUUGCUUUCUCUUCUCGUCUCGUUUGAAACAAUCGAUUCGUGACAAAGUUCCGCUCCUCCAACAUGGGGGUUUUAUUUGCAGAUGUGCGAUACGAGGCUACUUGAAUCUGCACCGUGCUCAGAUGUCCAACGUUUGGAUUUAUGGGCCAUUCGAGUGGCGCGCCUUCGUGCUGUGGAUGGUCCCAACAUUGGGCCUUUAAUAAGAAGGAACGAUAAUGAUCUCAGUCACUGAUUCAAUAAACUUGGGAUUAUUUGUUCGCGCUUUAAACUUAUGACAUGUCAUCGAAUAUGGUGAUCUCAUUUUUACAUAUAAUCGUAUGCAGCGAUUGAAUUCCGGAUCGAAAACUUGUUGCCUGCUGCCCACGACUUGACACAACUGAAACCAAACAUAGAUAUGUCGCGUGGAGAGUCGUGGUCAGGCCGCGUCUGCUGCCCCAUCCCCCAAAGCAACAGCUGCCGAAAAGCUUGCAUUACUGCAACCUCCACUCAAGACCUGGCCCAAGGUUGCCGCCAAAGCGACGAAAUCGAAUUUUUCCGCUGCUUAGAACGCCAAAAAAGCGGAGAAGAGUGUUGCAGUAAUGCGAGAAGUGACGAUUGCCACCAGGUGUGUCUUGAAAUCUUUAGGAGUCGGUGGACGCCUAAUCCGCCACUACGACUCAAAGUCCAGGAAAUGUGCGAAGCCAACAGUCCCAAAGUCAUGGACUGUGUCAAGGAUUUCAUUAAAGUGACGCCGGCAAAGGAUUUACACAAAAAGAAGCACUGUUGCGACAUGUCCAACCAGAGCAAGUGUCGCGAAACUUGCAAAAAACUACUCUCUAUGAAAAAUAUCACGGUCCAAGAGAGCAUAGAUGGGUUACAGUUGGGUGGGUGUGGGUCACCUCUCCCCCAGGAGUACUUCUGGUCCUGUUUCCUCAAAUCGACCGAAACUGCUGAAACCACAGUCGAAGUUUCACGAAUCGAAAGGGUUGGGAUGGAUUCGGCAAAAUCCCACUGUUGUCCAAGGGCCGCAAGUCACUCGUGCCAAAAACUGUGCACUAAGACAUUCACCAAGUUUUGGUCAACGUCCUGGGACGAGUUUUACAAUCGGUGUUUGACGCAAGUCAUGGAGGAGAACUUAAGGAAUUGUAUCGAUGAAGUGGACGAACCAUGCGAGCUUGGAUGCGAUGGUCUUAGUUUUUGUACAAAUUUCAACAACCGACCGACUGAGUUGUUCCGUUCUUGUAACACUCAAGCAGACGAAGCGGCCCGGAAUGACGUUUCCGUGUGGCAAUUUCAGAACAAAUUAACACUCCCUGGACUUAUCCUCCCACUUAAAAACAUCUCUCAAUGCUCGCCAAAUGUCUGGAAGACUGUGGCCUGCACUCUCCAGAUUAAACCCUGUUCGAGGCACAGUCAUGCCAAUCAAAUUUGUCGCGACGUUUGCCUGGAUAUUCUCUCGAAAUGUGUGGAUUGGACCCGAAUAUCACCUGAACAUUCGGCUGAAACGAUCUGUGCUAGUUUAUCACCCGAAGAUCCGAACGUUUCCUGCAUCCGUCUUCAAAAUUUCCUAUAUCCAAGUGAGACAAGUGUCCAGAGAAUCAGCGAACAGGUUUUUUCGCCGUGUAAAGGCAACCCAUGUGAGCCCAACGAAGUGUGCCUUUUAAACCGAAAAUGCAUCCAUGGGACCAAUUGUCUCCCGUACAAGUGUGUCCCUGGGUGCAAACUAGGCGAAGUGAGCGAGUACAAAGUACCACACGGUACCUAUGUCUGGAUCCCCAAUGACAAUAACAACAAACAACAAAGUUGCUUGAAGAUUUGUAAAUGCAACGCGGGGAAAAUCGAAGAAUGCCAACCUCUCCUGUGCGUCAAACUCAAACCAUGUCUCAUGGGCACCGCCAUGCAUGGUACUUCAUUUAAUAUCGACUGCAAGACGUGUAGUUGUUUUGCGAGUGAGGAUAUUUGUAGCAAGAAACAAUGUGAAAGUAGUGCCCUGACGGGCGAAAACACAGCUUACACCACACUGCCUUGUAAUUGUGUCCCACAUUACGUACCAGUGUGUGGGAAAGAUGGUAAUAAUUACCCAUCGGCCUGUUUAGCCAAGUGCGCCGGUUUGACCGACUCUGAGAUUGAACCAGCCCCAUGUGAGGACCCAUGCCGCUCCCACACCUGUCCCAUCGGCCACAAGUGCGUCCCAAGACCCCAAAUUUGUCUCUUCUCGCGCGAGCAUCGCGAUUGCAAACAAUACGAGUGCAUUAAUGGUACCACCAAUUGCCACAACCUGCCCAAAUCCCCCGUCUGCAGUACCAACAACACCGAAUUCGACAACUCCUGUCUUUUGGCGCACCAUAACGCCAAACUGGCCUACCAUGGCCCCUGUUUGCGCAACUGCCGCCACGAAGGAGUCGUUUGUGGUUUCAAUGGUCGCACCUACAUCUCAGAAUGUGCAGCAUGGGCUGACAUGGUCUCCGUUGAUUACGUUGGGCGUUGUAGAAGAGUCGGUUUAAUUGGAACCACCAAAACCAAGCGAUGUCCCGACGUGAAAUGCCAGGCUUUGCCCGACCCCAAUUGUCUCGGAGUGACCCCACCGGGGGCUUGCUGCCCCAUUUGUGGCGGUACCCUUAACUUGCUCUACUCCCGCCAGCAAAUAAACCGAGCUUUGUAUGCCCUGGACACAAACACUGAUUCCCUGACUUUGAAAGCGAUGCUCAAAGCUCUGGAUCGGCAAAUUCAAGUCGCGCAAUGUGUACUUCGAGGGUAUUUGACUGUGGAAAUGGAUAUUUUCGUGACGGUGCAAACGACAGAGAAGUACCCGUCCAAGUUGCAGCUCGAGGCUUGUGUGCAAGAGGCGGAGAAGAUCGCAAGUUUGGUCAAUAUGCAAAGUCCGAGGAUUGUGAGUGAAGUUACGUUGAGUUCGCUCACUUUGGCUAAUGUUAUCCAUGUGAAUUCGGCGUCGAGUUUGGGGGCAACGAUGGUUUUUGUGGUUUUGUUAUUGAGAUUGUUUUGAGCUAUAAGUAGGUUCUACCAAAAACUUUGAUCUCGCGGAAAAGAGGCCAAAUAUUAUAUACCAAAGAAUAUGCGACUGCGGUUGUGCCAUCGCUCUAUUUUCGGCGCUUUGACAAUUACGCUUCUAUUUUUAGAGCGUUACAAAGGAACUUGGAUCGUUGGGAAAAUUAUGCAAAGACUUACACACAAGUGCCAAAUUGCGUUGUUAGGGUGGGCCAGUUUCUAGCAAGUCUGUGAUAAUUAUUAUGUACGAUAUUGUGUAAAUAACUGAUACUUUACGCGGUUUAUUAACAGAGCUGUAAAUAACAAAUGUAAAUAGAAGAGAUGAUUUUAUACCGCUUUGUUUAUUUUAACAAGUUUAAGACUCGACAAUCAGUUAUAGUUAAGUUUUAUCUGUCGUAAUUUGAUUUUAUUUCUUGUGUAAUUUUAUAACCAAAUUAUUUUGUAAUUUAUUGAAAUACAUUAUUAAAAAAACUAUCGGAUUC